AUGGACAUUUCUCAGUUUUCGCUCCGCAACGUCAACAACAAGGCCUCAGGUCUGCCCGCGAAGGCUCUCGAUGGCGGCCUUAGAGUCCACAUUCCUAGCAAGCACCUCGCAUCCGCAGCGCUGAGACAUGGCGAUUACUGCCAACUCGACCAGACUGAUGGCAGGCGGAGAGCCAUCGGAGUGGCCUGGCUGGCCAAAGACCCCGGCCAGGGCACCAAGCGCAUGGCCUUCAUUGAGGAAUCCAUGAAGGAGCUAUUCAAGGUGAAGCUUGAGGACAAGGUGACCAUCACCAAGCUAGAGCCGCAGGAGCUACAGCCAGCGCAGAAAAUCUACAUCAAAGAAGUUGAGCCCGGCAGCAGCAGCACUUCAAAACCCGAGAUCGAGUUGUUCGCUAAAGUCGCGCUUUGCACUGUUGACAUGGUAGUUCCCGGAGGCACUUUCGCGGCUACCAUCUCGAGAGGCCCCAGGUCUGGUAUCAAAAACCGAUAUUUCGUGGAGAGAGUAGAACCACCAACGGAAGAGCCACAGACCCCCUACGUGUGCAACUUCGCCACCGAAGUCCAGCUACUCAGCAAGGACGAAGUGGUCCAAGUCGCCCAGGUGGAGCCCAAGGACGCCCCGGUAUUCACCAUCGACUCGGACGGCAUCGGCGGGCUGCACAAGCAGAUCCUCGAGCUCAACGAGCGCCUGGCCAACAUCACCAACGAGCUGCGCCGCCGCAAGUAUCCUUACCUCUUACGGCGCGCAACGGGCAUACUACUCUAUGGCCCGGAAGGCACGGGAAAGAGCCUACUGCUCCGCAAGUUGUGCGACGCCCCAUGGCGCAAAGUCAUCACCGUCGACGAGCCGCUGGCAAGCGCCGGCGAGAAGAGCCAGCAGAGCGCGCUGCGGAAGUGUUUCGAGGAGGCCAAAGCGGCGCAGCCCAGCGUCAUCGUCUUCGACAAGCUGGACGCCUUCGCCCCACGCACCGACGAGGGCGGCGGCGGCGGCGGCAGCAGCGCGUCAUCCAGAUCCGGGCUCGCGAGGUGCAUCGCGUCGGAGAUUGAGAAGCUGGAGACGGCGCGCGUGCUGGUGGUUGGGGCGACGACGCGCUUGGCCGACGUGGACGCCGGGCUGAGGACGCCCGAGCUGUUUGCCGACGAGAUGGAGGUGCCGGUGCCGGACGCGACGGCGCGGAUCGACAUCCUCAAGGUGCUCCAAGAAAAGGAAUGGCCCAUCUCCGACGAGACGGCGGAGACGGUGGGCGGGAGGACGCACGGCUUCGUCGGGCGCGAUCUCGCGGCACUCUACAAGAAGGCGCUGAAGCGAGCGUGCGACAGGUAUUUCGAGCAUGACGAGCGGAAUGAGCCGGACGGGGUAGUAGGCGAGGAGGAAAGCAAUCAAGUUGCAACAGCUGUAUCGCUGGCCGACUUUGAAGAGGCGCUGCUCCAGGUGCGCCCCACCGCAAUGAACGAGGUCUUCCUUGAGACGCCCAAAGUCAGGUGGUCAGACAUUGGAGGGUCGGACAGCGUCAAGGCGGCGUUGCAGGAGGUCACGGAAUGGCCCUUCAAGUACGCAGAGCAUAUGCACGAGCUAGACCUCCAGCCGCAGCGCGGCAUCCUCCUCUACGGGCCUCCUGGAUGCUCCAAGACGCUGUGCGCCAAGGCGGUCGCGACUGAAUCAGACCUCAAUUUCCUGGCGGUCAAGGGCGCGGAGCUGACUAGCAUGUACGUGGGCGAGACGGAGCGGGCGGUGCGCGAGGUGUUCCGCAAGGCGCGGGCGGCGAGCCCCAGCAUCGUAUUCUUCGACGAAAUCGACUCGAUCGCGGCGUCGCGCGAGAGCGGCAAGCAGCUCAGCGGGCUCAACGUGCUGACGACGCUGCUGAACGAGAUGGACGGCAUCGAGUCGCUGAAGGGCGUGCUGGUCCUGGCUGCGACGAACCGGCCGGACGUUUUGGACUCGGCGCUGAUGCGCCCCGGGCGCUUCGACGCAAUCCUGUACGUUGGGCCGCCAAACAUGGAGGCCCGCCUGGCGAUACUGAAGAUGCGGCUGGUGCAAAACGGCCGGCCGCUGGCGGAUGACGUCGAUCUCGGCGAGCUAGCCACGCUUACGGAAGGCUACUCCGGCGCCGAGAUUGUCGAAAUCUGCGCAGAGGCGGCGCGGACUGCGCUGCGAGAUCGCCUCCGGCAUGGCGACAAGCGACGCAUCGGCAUGGAGCACUUUCGACGCGCGCUGGACAAGGUGCCGCGCCGCAUCACCAGGGAGAUGACGGACCAGUAUGAAAAAUGGAGCGUCGACGACGCCAUCAAGCGGCUGUGA